AUGGAAUUCACAUUGCUUUGUAACCUCGGAGGUCCGCGCAAUGCCGGGAUUUCUUUACGCCUCCGUUUGUUGCAUGUGUGGCCGUCGAAGUCUCCGGGAGACAACAGGAUCUACAACUACUGUACUCUAUGGACCGACGAAACGGGUAUGCUGAUUCAGGGCGUUUCGCCGACUUCAAUGGCUGCUGGGAUUCGUCGUAAUCUCUCGUUGGGUAUUCGUUCCGGUAAUCAUCGUUACUUGACAGAUGUUGUUGGCCGACUCCAUUUGAUCAGUGGGAUAUCGCACAAGAUCACAAAUAACGGCCCGGCUGUCAAGCAAACGGUUAUUAUUGAGGAUGAAAGUGGAUCGAAGGUUUCGAUUACGCUCUGGGAUGAGUUUUCGGCGGUGUUGGAUCAUGUUGCUCUCACUCAGGCUGACUCGAUUGAAGCUGUGAUAUUGGCAUUUGGCGGCUUGCUGUCAACCCUUCAGUACCUAAGGCUUAUUAUCUUGCAUCUAGGUUUGCUGAGAAACAUGAGACUUUGCAUCCUUGCCAGUUUAGUCAUCCCUCUUGAUGAUCCUACGGUGGUGGGUGAUUUGCUUGAGUUUUCUUCGCCACGUCCGUCGCCUUCUCCCUCUCUGGGUGCAGUAAGUAGCGUGGGAGGCCCAUCAGGUUCAUCGAGGGCUGCGAAGGGAAAGGAAAAGGUUUCAGAUUCUAUCCCCAUUGAAGCUCCAGCUGUGCCAUUUAACAUCGCUGACCAACAAGAUCUAAUUGAGAGAUUUCCCAGCCCUGCGACCAGGAUUUUGCGGGAUCCUAUUCCUGUCAGUGUCGGAAGCGAGGAUAUUGAUGCUGGGUCGCGGAUUCUCGGAGAUUCACAGCUCUCAGUGAUGGGUGUACAUGUGGGGUCCAUCUUGUCUACUGCGACUGUGACCGCGUCUUCUGCAGUCCAAUCCAGUGCUCCAUCUAUCCAGUCUGCUACUUCGAUGGUUCCCAAGCGAUCAGCCAGGAUUGAUGGGUCAAUGAGUCCUCAAGAUGUUGGUUGUGAUUCAUCUAUGCCUGCUUCGAAGAUUCUGAAGCCAUCCCCCGAAUCAUCUCCUGGGAAGCCCUUAGGUUCAACCGCCGCCUCGCCUUCGGCAUCGCUGUUGGUCUCUCCACUCGCCAGGAUAAAAGUGGAGAAAUUGGAUGCUGCCGAUGUUGCUCAAGUCCCACAUGGUGGUCCCUCGCAGGCAGGUGUUAGUAUGGAAAGGGAUUCUUCAGUGGAUAGUCAGAAGAAUUCGGCGGCAAAGCGUGCUUUGUUUAAGAAGUGA